GUGCGGAGGAUAUCGUCGUUAGGUUUCCAAUUUGUCGGGACGAGAAAUACAAGAUACUCAAAGAAGGAAGCUUGAAAUUUUACGUGCUAAAUCAAGAUUUUAAUUGAGUUGAAAUUGUAAGCUGUGUCUUGAAGUGGGCUUCUGUUCUACAUCAGCGGAUUAUAAAAUAGAUUCACCAUUUCGUCGACGGUGGCCAAACGAAGGCCAGCUCCGCAAAUAACGGUAGCGAGCGCCCCACAACAGGUUUUGUCACCAAAAAGAUUACGUCCGACGAAUCCUCUCGUCUUGACAUCUCCUGUUGCACCACCAUCUGUCGUGUCGACCUUACCGCCAGUAAUUUCAUCACAUUUACUAAACAACAACUACUUGUUGGCAUCUCAAUCACAAGCGGCAGCCGCUGUUGCCAACUUUUCACAUCCCCAUCAUCAUCCUCUCGCUCCGUUUCAUCAUCAAGCUUCACCAAUCAUUCAAAACCUCCCACUCCCAAUCGCCGCUAAAUCUCCAGCAUUAACUCAAAUCAAAUCAAUUAUAAACUCUUCGUCUCCUACUGCUACAAUUCCAACACAAAUUCCAAAUUACGUUGCAACUGCUCAGCAGCAACAAAUCAAGUCAAUUAAUACAUCAACGAGCUUUAGUUCACCACCGGCUGCUUCUAUUAAUCAAGCUAUAAACUCGACUGUUCAGUCGUCUAUCGUUCCAGCAUCAUCUGUUGGCUCAAAUUCAAAUACACCUUUGUCUACAAGUCCUUUAUCAACAACAUCAAGCAUGGAUCAAGUUGGUCAAAUAGGACAAAAUCCGAUGCAGUCGCAUCCAUUGUCACAGUCAAUGGAUUCCGUAAACACCGCCAGUAAUGAGGAAGAG